CUCUCCACUUUUACUAAUUGUUUAUUUUUAUCAAUCUUGAAUGCUUUUGAUGUAAAUCAUUACAAUACUGUGAAGGUAAUGAUUACAAUAUGUGUGAUUUUUGUCAAUUUUCUGACUUCUGGAUAAAAUCAACAUGAACAUCUGUAAAAGUGGAAUCAUUUCUUUUAUUAGAGAUAAAGCAAAAUGCAAGGAUGUCCCUUUAGAACAGAAAGGAGGAUGAAUAUUUUUUUUGUCAGAGGGUGGAAAAUCUGCGGCUAAGUCAUUGAGUAUAUUUAAAGUGGAAAUUGAUAGGUUCUUGAUUAAUAAAUGCAUCAAAGAUUAUGGGAAGAAGGCAGGAAAAUUGUGUUGAGGGAUAAUAAUUCAGCUAUGCAGACUUGAUGGGCCAAAUGGUCUAAUUCUUAUGAUUCAUAAGGGUAUUAAGAAUGACACAACUAUGAUUGCUAUAUCAACCACGAUGGACACAAUGAAUAGUGAACCAUUCCUAUGGUCCAAAUAAAACUCCCAUUUUUAAAUUAAGUGUGUAAUGUAUUCCCUACUUCACUUUUGCAGGUUUUUGAAUUUUGACAAGCCACGGGCUUAGGAUUUGUAUAAAACUAUGGAAUUACAUUUUCAAGGCAACUUAAUGAAGAUGUUCUUGAAUCAUUAUGGAUCUUGGAGUAGUGUUUGUUUCUGGAAUCCAUCUUUGACAAAUAGAACCUCAUGGCGUGUUCAUCAAAUCAGUAAUUAGGGCCUUUACUGAACAUGUUGGCAAGGGAGAGGACAUUGAUUUUGGUUAACUGGGUUUUUAAGACUUUGCAAAGAUGGCAUGGUGAUAACUUUCCAGUGUCUGGGAUGUAUGUCAUGUCUAUUCCAUGGCAUAGAAACAUAUAACAAAGCAGAGUUUAUUGCUACUUAUUAUGCAACAAGCUUCUUGUUGGGUUUUAGGUCUUGAUCUUAAAACUUCUUAGGCGUAUGUAUAUUUCGUGGAAGAAUAUUUUCACGCAUGGGUCAACAAUUGAGUAACGAUGACUUGGAGCUUGGGCUCUGUGCUCGUAGGAAUCAUUGCAAAAUGCAGCUAUCGAACAUCAGACCUUGGUUCAGUAGCGAAAGCAACGAGGUUCAAAAGAUUCCCAUUUGUCUGGUACCAGCUCCAUUCCCAUGGUUAAGCUUGGAAGAAAAAUACCAAAGUUGUCCUGUGAUUGGUUCGAUUCCCCAUAGUGACCGACCUCUGAUUGGUUGACAUUGGGUUGUACUGCCUUCAUCACGGAAUGUGUGAUUGGCUGUCGGCAGGUCGCCGUGAUGCGGUGAAGAUGGCGGCGGUUGGAAAGUGCUCCGUUGCUGUGGAGAAAGAGCGGUGGCAGCCGCUGUCCUUGACGUACGUCGAAUAUCCCCCAGAUGACCUUGCAGGAAAGGUGCUUGCAUAUUUAAGUCUCGUGCCAGUAUUUAUCCUUAUUGGUUUCCUCACACUCAUCGUGUUUAAAAGGGAGCUACAUUCUAUUUCAUUCCUCUGUGGUUUGGUACUAAAUGAAGGCUUCAACUGGGUAAUUAAGAAUGUUAUCAAAGAGCCCAGACCUUGUGAAGGUGGUCAUGAUAACUUGUUUACAGAAUAUGGAAUGCCCUCCAGUCAUUCCCAGUUCAUAUGGUUCUUUUCCAUCUACUCACUCCUAUUCCUUUAUUUAAGAAUGCACCAAACAAACAAUGCUAGAUGUUUAGACCUGUUGUGGAGGCACAUUUUAUCCAUUUGUUUGCUGACUGUGGCCUUCCUCGUCUCCUAUAGUAGAGUCUAUUUGAUGUACCAUUCCUGGAGCCAAGUGAUAUAUGGAGUUAUAGCAGGUGGGGCAAUGGGAGCAGCCUGGUUUAUCUUUACACAAGAGGUACUAACGCCACUAUUCCCUAGGAUAGCUUCGUGGCCAAUCUCGGAAUUUUUCCUGAUACGGGACACAAGCCUGAUUCCAAAUAUUCUCUGGUUUGAGUACACAGUCACAAGGUCAGAAGCAAGAAACAGACAACGGAAACUGGGCACCAAGAUGCAGUGAUGCAAAGUCAGCAUCUUUCACUUGGGGGCAGGACUGUGGUGCGAACCUCGAAUGAGAGGAAAAUCAACAGCAACAAAAACAUGUCAUUUGAAAUUUCAUUAUUCUUUUGGAAGACAGUCAAAGGCAAGCUGAGAUCUGUGUCAACAGUCCAGACACCCUCUGUGAUUGCAGUCGGUGUUGAUAUAGCUUGCUGUUAGCUUUCUACUGCAUGUUAGAGUCACGUGGGUACUGGGCUGAACCAGUUUAAAUGAAGCACGUGCACACAGGGCCAGUGAAAUGUGAUAUUAUUGCAUCUGAUUCAGGAAUGUCAUUUUUAUUUUAAAGAAAGGCAGCAGGGGAAGGAGUAUACUUCACAAUAUAGGAGUAUGAAAUAUUGUGGAGAAGUGAUAUUUUUAUGACACUGGUUUAAAAACAUAUUGGAAGAAAAGAAAGAUGUAGUUUGUAAAUUGUCAAUCAGGUGUCUGACAUACUAGACUUCUGUAGCAGCCAGAAAUAUUAUAAAGGAUCAAGUUGCACUUUAGGAAAAUUAAUUAGUUUUUUGUAAAGACACUAGUGAUAUGAAUGAGAAAAACUAAUGUUUCUUUUUCAUUGGUUACAAUUACCUGUGAUGAACAAUGUGGCUUUUAAGAACUCUUUGACUAAGCAGAAUUUGGCAUUUUUCCCUGCAUUAUGUUAAGGGACUAAUUAUGUACAUUCUGACAUUAACAUUGCCUAGCCACACAGAAACAGGAUAUUCAACAUGUUGUGCCCUUUUCUCCCAACUCUUAAUGCUGUCAGAAUCACUGGUCUAGGCCUUUUGAUUUGAUGAUUUAUUAUUCAAAUCUUAAUCUUGGUAAAUAUUGUGCAUUUCAGAAAUAGGCACUUUAUCUGGGGCCAGGUUUAAUAGUAAAGGAACCGGAACUUUGUAGUGAAGAAGGAUAUAAGAGACUCAUUCCUUUCUGAAUUGUGUGUUUGAUGAUCUUUGGAGACUUUUUGCAUCGUGUGGAUAUAUUCUUUUGUGCAAAAACUGACCUCAAAUUGCACCCUAACUUUGCUGCUGCCAUGGCAAGGUGUACAAUUUAUUUUAGUAUCGAGGUGGGAGCUACCUUUUAUUCUGAAAUCAGUGUUUCAUCUCAUUUGCAAAGACAGUAGUUUGCAUCUUUCACAUGUUUGUCCUACAUUGAUAAGUCUGUAGAUUAAAAGCAUUAAUUCCCUGCUCCACAGACAUUGUUGAUUUUUGUCAAUUGAGUAGAAUCCAUGGAUUGCGUUCCAAACUAAAACCACAUAGCCACGCCUUUACCAAUGUAACAGUGCAUCAUGUCUGUUUUUACUUCACAGACAGUGUUUGUUAUUUUGUAUCAGCUGGUACACAUUUCCCUUCCAAUAACCAAAGGUACUGGUUUCAAUUGGCACUCAAGGCCAGAACACAAAUAGGAAUUGCUGUACUUUAGAGAGUGAUGUGUUUUGGAUAGAGUUUAAAUUAGAGCCCCGUUUUAUUUCUUGAGUAGAUGUAAAAGAUUCGACAGUACUAUUUUUAGAAGAACCACUGGAGUAUUCCACAACAUUAUGGCCAAUGUUUCCCCCUUUAUUCAAUAUGUUAAAAAGCAAAAUUAUUUAGUUAUUAUUGCAUUUUGUUGAAUCAUAUCAAGCACAUUUCUUUGCAACAGUGACGAUAUGCCUUAACGUGCUUAUGGUAGACUUGCAAAGGGCAUGAAAUAUACUACACAAACACAGCUCUUCCUGUUUUUUUUUAAAUAAGAUGUGCUAGGAUAGAAUUUUCUGGCAUUGUGGUACAUUCUAGAUUCCUGCGUGUUCCUGCAAUAAAGGCAUGGAUCAUAUUGACCACUGCUGCCCAUAAAUGGUACAAACAUUAAACCCAGUGAAAUACUGUCAGUUGAAUUGGGAAAUGUGCCUGCUAAAAUGUAACUGUAGCAUUCAGCUACUCUUGAACGUUUUAUUUCUGAGGCCAUAGAGUAACUUUCAGACAAUGUGAUUUGUCAAAUUUUGCUCUCUUGAGUACUUGACAUUCACCUGAAGUCCACCAUUUUGCAAUUGUGGUACAGAUCCUAAUCCAGUAUGCUCAUGGUGAUGAGGAAUUUAUUUAGCCCUGUUACCUGUUUGCUUGUUAGUAACCUAAUGGGAAAAUCAGUACUUUGAUUUAGUUUUAGAUUUGGGGUACAGUGCAUAAGUAAUAGGGGAAUGUGUAGGCUACUGGUAAUACCUUUCUAUGGAAAUAUCUACCUUGGAACAGUGCAGCUUGGUUUGCUAUGUUUCUCUGAGCUGGUUGGUCAUCAAGAUUAACCUAAUGCUGUUUAGAGAUAGGAAUUAAUAUUGGAUCCAUGUGCAGAGAAUGACUGUGUGAGUAAAGUCACAGGGCAAUUGUUUGAUGUACAGGCCAUUGGUAGUGAAAGAUUUAUUCUCAACCUGUUUAUAGACAGAAUUCCAAAGCAGGUUAUUGUCACCUGUAUUAGCUAGUAUAUAGGUAGGAUCGUGUUUAUUUUUAGUAUUUCAGUAUACAAUUAUGAAACAAUUGAUAUUUUGAUUUAAAAGAUUUCGUGUAAUGUAUUUCUCAUUUUAAAUAAAUGUUUGAAAAUUAAGGUGUUUGAAAUUACAUAGAAAGGAAGGAGGGAGUUUUAUUUUUGCACAGUUCAAGCAGAAUAGUCAUGACUACCCAUUCUCUCUAAACAUUUGUGGACUGCCAGUCAGUUGCCUGUUAAAAGGUUGAGCUUGAACUUGUCGUUAGCCAGAGACCGUAUUCACUACAUGGGUGAGUUUAUUUUAAAAAAAUAAACUUGGAGGGGUGUGAAGGAAUAGUUGAUUUUUUGCGUGAAGGGAGCAAGGUAUGCAAUAAUAUUCUUUAUUUUUCUUCUUUUAUUUGGGUUAUUUCUCAUUUUAAUGUGAUGCAUUUCCCUCUUUUGAUUGUGAUAUGUACUUCAAUUGGUGCUGUUUUGCUUGCUAAUAAGUAAGCUUAAGUAUAAAAUAUGAGUAUACUAAAAUCAAAGAAAUAAGUGUAAAAUGUCACACCAGCUUGCUCACUAGGAGAAUUUUAAGUUGCUCAGGAUGGGAAGUACAGCCUUUACUUCUGCAAAUACAACUAAACGUAGCUAACUGGCUUAAAGAUUUAAUAGCUAUUCUGCUUUCUAAUCUAGAUAUUUAGGGUGGAGAUGAAGUCAAGGAGAUGGGUAGUAGGUUGAUUGAAACAUUUGUUUCUGAUCAGUGUCCCAUAACCAGUUUGUGCAUGAGGGUGAGUAUCAAGCUUGGCUGUGUGUUACCCGCAGCUAGAUAACCUAGCAGUGAGUGCAAAGAAUUAAUAAUUGGAUAUAUUACCUAGAAUCUGUAGAACUGUUACUCUGCAAAGGAAAAAGCCAAAUGGAAUGAAUUGGUCUCUGCUGCUGUCUGUGUGGAGUUUGCAUGCUCUCACUGUGACUCUAGGUUUCUGCAGAUACUCUGCUUUCCUCUCAUAUCCCAAAGAUUGAUCGGUUAAUUGUUGCUGUAGAUCAUCUCUAGUGUUUGUUAGUGGUGUGAGAAUCAUGAUGGAGCUAUGUGAGAGGAGGGAAUAAGUGGUGGAAUGGGGGAGAUGGGAUUGGUCUGAUAGGCAACAUAGUUUUAAUAGUUUGAAUGAUCUGCAUUUGAAAAUAUGUGAAAAAAGAACAGUGGAGACUGACAAAUGAUGGCUGCAUUUUUUUUAAGUAAUGCAUUUAAUUUUUGGCCUAUCUUUUUAUAUCUUGUGUUCAUUUAUUCUUUCACCUUUGCUCACUUUCAUAUUAUAUUAAUUCAGUCUGUUGUCAAGACUUUGUACACGUCAGUGAAUUUCCAGAAUAGGGAAAUUGUACUUAUUCCAGUUAGCUUAAUAUUUUUAAACUUGGAAGAACACUUUUCUUGUGUAGGUGCUAUAGUGGUGUGUGAUUAAUAUUUCUUUUGUGUGUUGAUAAGUUUUUAAGCAUUGUUUACUUGUUAAAAUGUUAUGCUCCUGAGUUGGUGCUUGUAUAACUGAUUUCUGUUUUUUGUUCAUGACCCUUGAUCCUUUUUGUGACUUUGCAGUGGUUCCUAAUGAAUUUCAUCAUAUCAUCUGCAACAAAAUUGUGAGUCAAAAUAAGGCAGUACUGAUAGUUUUAAAUAUGCUAGUGUUCUUGAGUGUGCUGAUCAUUACUUCAAGCAGGAUAAAAACAGUGAUGGAAAUAAUCACUAAAUAAUUACUAAGGUCAUGACAAUCACUUUAACCUGAUACUGCUAAGUAGCGCCAAGUUAAUUAUUCCUGGUGGGGUUUUUUCUUAUCCCUCUUAAAUCAUUAGUACUCUUGGUAAAUUGUUUCUAAUUUACUGAGUUGCAUUUCUAAAGUAAUCUAGAACCACAGACAUGGCACAAAUGCUAGCCUCUGAUAAUUUAGUCUUUCAGUUUGAUGCUAAACCUGCCAUUUCAUCCUUUAGAUCUUGCAUAUUCUCAAUAGCUUCUGAAUGUAAAGUAUACAUUGUUUAAAUGAUUUAGGGGAAAAUACUGAAACCUUGAUAUAUUCUAGGGUUUUUAAAAUCUUGCAGUAAAGUUUGCUGCUGGUUUGACUGGCAGGAUGUUACCCCGGCUUAGAGUCUCAUAUCACGUAAAAUAUCCUUGGUGUUUUAAUAGGAGUAGAAGCAGUAUUAUAAUGUGUUUUACCUCAGUGUGCUCGAAGCCCAGUUUUUGUUCAUUUUUAAAGUAUCUUGUAGAAUAAACCUAAUUUGAGAGGUAAAUUGUUUAAUGUUUCCAAGUUCAGCUCAGAGCAAAUAAUACCCAAGACACUGUAAGAGUGGAAUUUAUGAAUACUAAGGUGGGAGUCUAUGUUUGACAGCUCACAGAUCAGUGCUUCAGAAGUGCACACAGUAGGCUGGGGCGGUGGUUAAAGUGAAUUCGAUCAGAUCUAUUCAUAAGAGAAUUUGUUAAUUUUUCUUGGAUAUAGUAGAUUUUUUUAAAUCUGUGAUCCUUCUGGUUGGAUAACUAACCAGCUCUCACUGUCUAGUGAGGAACAUGUCUGCUAUGUAAAUGUUCCUUUUUUUUAUCAAAUUAAAAAAUGUAAAGUAAUUGCUAUUCAGGUACACAAUGAAGGGCUAUUUUGAAAAGUGCUUCCUCUAGAUGUAGCACGUUUUUGUAGUUUGGCUUCUUGUAUUUUGUUAGUGUGGUGUUCACAAUGUGAUUGCCUUAUAUGGUGCACUGUACCUUUUUAUGCUCUGUAUUGCUGUUUGUAAACUUAAAUCAAUUUCUAAUGUGGGGAUGGGGAUUGGAAAAGAGGCCACAGGUGAAAGGUUGAUGGCUAUCUGGUUGCAUAGUCUCCUUUUUAAUAGACUAUUAACAUUCCAUGCUGAAUUUAUCAUGAUGGUUUGGAUUUGUAUGACCCGAGGUCAAAUAUGAACAAAAUAUUCAUUUGGAAUACAGCAUAAAUUGAAAUUUGGAGCUUAGGCUCACUAAGAAUUGCUCCCUCUGGAUACCCAGAGCCAGGUGGUAGAAUCAAACUAGAUUACUCCUUUCCAGAAGCUAUUGCCAACCUAUUAGGAUCGUGCUCAACAGACCUUGACUCCAUUUAUAGGACAAUGACAAUUUCCACUUCAAUAUAGAAUGUGCAGGUACUUUUUAUCAAGUAAUCGCUAAUAUUUAAUAUUAUGGCGUAUCCUCUGUGUAAAUGAAUGGACUCUUUACAAAGGUAUGUGCAUCUUAGUCAAACAAGUUCUUGUGAAAAAUCAAGUCACUAUAUUGGGUAGGCAGGAUUUUUCUCAUUGAUUUCUCUCUUCUCUCAGUAGGGAUAGGUAGAUUUGCAACAAAUAAAUGCAACUUAAUGUUUUAUAUGGUGACUGCAAACUGGUUUUUAGGUUUUAAAAUCAUUAUUGCUUGGACCAUAUUGCAAAAACUUAGAACAUUACUUUAUUCACAACUGAUUCCUACUUAAACUAGUAUGUCUUAUUCCAUUUCCAGCCUUCUGUUUGGGGAGAUGAAUGGUUAUCAUUCUGUCUAUGUUUUUCCAUUUAUUUUGGCCAUUUCAUAAUAUUUUGGGACUAAAUAGUUAAAUUGAAAUACUUUAUCGGUGCUGUUAUUUUUUUUUGUAUACCUGAACUCUAGUUUAUCUUCGGCAAGAGUGGUAGAGGCUUUGAGUUGAUGUUGCACCCUACCCUGAUCAGUGAUUUAAGCUAACAAUGCUAUAAUCAGAAGGGUCUAGCUAUUUAACAUCUCUUAAAAACAUGGUACUGAAGACCAUUUGUGCCAUCAUGUAAAUACUGGCUUUUAGCAAGAGCUAGUGAGUCCUCCACCUCCAUUGAUGUUUGAGACCUGCAGUUGAAUUCACCUGAGCUUGAUGCAAUCAAAACCUUUGCUUAUUCUGAGUGGCCAGACAUUGAGUUUAUUUCCAAUUUAACUCUUUACAAAAAAGUUUUAUCAGAGCCAGAAGUUUUGUUAUGAGAAACAAAUGUCGUGGGCAUUUUGGAUCAAAGUACACAUUGGAUUGUGUAGUUUUAUUUUCCUAGCAAUGGAGCAGCUUUCUCCAUUAAUCACAAUUCUGCAAAGUUUUCUUUUUAUUCCCCUCCCCCCACACUUCCUCUUCAUGAGUGACACUAUGUACCAUCAGCAUGAAGUGAAAUUGGUAAAGUGAACAGUAACUUGAGACUGGUAAUAUGGGUCAAGUAUCCAAACUGAAUAUUUAAAGCAAAUUCUGCUUGAAACUUAUUUUAACCAGAAUGGAAUUGGACUCUUAAAAAAUAAUAAUUAAUCUCCUGUGCCUCUGGGGUAAAAGUAAGCUGCUAUCUAAUUUAGACUUUGGUUUGAAACUAUCUUAAGCUGGUUGAACAAGUCUCUGUAAGGCAUCAACUUUAAAGGAAAUGUGCAUCAAUGUUCCAAUUGUAUUUUAUGGCAAAUACAAUGCUUGCCUGUCAUAAUGUUUUCUUCGCUGUG